AUGUAUAUAGAUCUUUACAAAGAUGUGUUUAUUGUAGCCGUUAUUGCUAUUGUAGACACAAUUACUAUAUUCAAGGUCCAUAUAGUCAAUGUUCAGAUGCGUAGAAGUGGGACAAUAAAUGGCGCACAUCAUCGAAGGAACAAAGAAAUCAAUUUCCUAAAACAGGCCGUCCUGCAAGCCAUUAUAUUUGCCAUUGAACUCUACACAUAUUUCCACCUUGCCUGGCACUUCCAAAACAAAUGGGUUAUUUUUGGAUUGACGACAAUAGUGUGGAACUUAACACACUGUUGCGAUGCACUGAUUAUUAUUGGCUUGAAUGCGGAAUUCCGAAAGUUCUUCACCACGAAACCUAAUAAGAUAAACAGCAAUGGGGCACGUAUAGCAACGAUCGACAAACUUAGCGAGAGAAGGAGUAUCUUAUAA